ACAGUAAACACGCUGCAGCUGCUCCACCCCCGGUACACGCUGCAGCUGGCCUAGCAUGGACACCGACAACGAAGAAGUCGCAAUGAAAAAAUCCAGUAGACGAGAGCGGCAGUCAGGUCCACUCACUUUACAUGACAUUGAAGCUUUGGAGAAUUCCGACUCUGACAUUGGCUUGUGUGGCUGGCUGUUGGUCUCGCUCUCCAUUCUUCUCAUGCUGCUUACUCUGCCCAUCUCUGUAUGGAUGUGCAUUAAGAUUGUGAAGGAGUACGAGCGAGCCAUUAUCUUUCGCCUUGGGCGCAUCUUGCGAGGAGGAGCCAAAGGUCCAGGGCUGUUCUUCAUCUUGCCGUGCACUGACAGCUUUAUCAAUGUGGACAUGCGCACCAUCACCUUUGACAUCCCCCCCCAGGAGGUUUUGACCAAAGACUCAGUGACAGUGAGUGUCGACGGUGUGGUGUACUACCGGGUCCAGAAUGCCACUCUGGCUGUGGCUAACAUCACCAAUGCAGAUGCCGCCACCCGGCUGUUGGCCCAGACCACCCUGAGGAACGUCCUGGGCACAAAGAACCUGGCGGAGAUCCUGUCUGACCGUGAAGAAAUCGCUCACAGCAUGCAGUCCACUCUGGAUGAUGCUACAGACGACUGGGGGAUCAAGGUGGAGCGGGUGGAGAUCAAAGACGUCAAGCUGCCCCUUCAGCUCCAGAGAGCCAUGGCUGCUGAGGCUGAGGCCAGCCGAGAGGCCAGAGCCAAGGUGAUCGCAGCGGAGGGAGAGAUGAACGCGUCGCGGGCGCUGAAGGAGGCCUCCCUGGUGAUUGCGGAGUCUCCGUCAGCCCUGCAGCUGCGUUACCUUCAGACCCUGAGCACCAUCGCCGCCGAGAAGAACUCCACCAUCAUUUUCCCGCUGCCGCUGGAGAUGAUGCAGGGCUUUAUCAAACGCUGAGGAGGAGGAGGAGGAGUCCCAAAACGCGUUGUUCACAUUAGCCAUGUCACAUUUGGUUCAUUUAGGUUUCGAUAGCCCAACAGCAUUGAUCAGAAACUAACAGGUUAAUUUUUAAGAAAAAAAACAAAAAACACAGAAUGACAUGAAUUACAAGAGGUGCUUUCCUUUUACAUUCGGCACGCCAUUGAUUCAAAGAGCUUUGGCGCCACGUUUCAAAGCGCUACAUCCGAUUUUAAUGUAUUGUAUUGUUAAUGUCUUGCCUUUCAUUUUAUCUUCUGUUGGCUUUGCGGAAGUUUAAUAUUAUUCAGGUCACAGAUCCUCCGAUCGAUUGGCCACGCAUCGUUAUCAGCUGAUAUAUUCUAUACAGUUUGAUCGGUGUUCUCUAUGAAAGCUAACCGUGGACAUCCCUAGUUCACAUGCACACACUCACACUACGUGCAUCACUUACACACACGCACACACAUAUUUAGUCCUCUGUGUCUAUUAAGCAUGUCUCUUUGAACCAGCAGUGCUAAUAUGACUCUUGGGAAGUUGUGUUUGUGGCUCCUGAUGCAAGAAGAACAUUUGGCAAUUGACUUUACCAAAACCGCUCAAACCUCAGAGACCACAGCUGACAGCCAGGCCGCAUGCACGCAUGUUCUGCAUCUGUGUUAGAGGAAGUAACUCUAGAUUAGGAGUCAGCAGCAGUCUGCAAUCUGAAUCACAUAAAUAAACCAUUGUUUGUUUACUUAAUUCCAUUUUGGAUAAUGGCAAUACGAAAUGUGACAUGGUGCAUUACUCAAAUCUGUUUCUCUUUUCAUGCACUGACCUGUGGUGCAAAACAACCAGUCAGUAAGCUGAUAGAGCGUGCUUUGUCAGCUGAACGGCUGCAGUGGAGUUACAGCUAAAUCUACAGCAGUCAGCCGGUGCGUCCGCCAAGAACUUUGUGUGAGAUCCAACUUUUUAUGCUACCAAUGUAGAGAUUAAGUUAGGUUUCCUGACUGUUAAAGAAGCAGAGAAACCUUUAAUCAUCCUUCAAAUUUACAAACAUUUCAAAGGGAAGUGCCUGCUGGAUAUGUUGCCUUACACCUUCAUACACACACAGUCACAUUCCUGUACUUAUACAUACAUAUGUCUUCUGAUAUUGUGGCACUACAGUAUACUGUACGCUCUACUGUUCUUGACCUUCUCCACUCGUAACUUUCAUCUGUGAGUGAGAGAAAAUAACACUGGCAUGCUGGUAUAAACAUCUGCUUUUGCUCCUUUGGAGUCACUGGAUGGAUCCACACAAAAGCUGCAAAGGCUUAAUCUUGGUAAAUUAACUAUUUUAUUUGCUGUAACUGUAAUACUAACUUGCACGAGAGGUUGGCUUCUCAAAAUAGCCCAUCCAGAAAGUAGAGAUGGGACAAAGUGACAUGCAAAUAAUAACACAGAAACACACACACUGCACCUUUUCUCAAGUUGCCAAGUCUUUCGUCACAGAUUACGUAAAACUUUUCAGGUUGGAUAUAACUUGUAUAUGUUUACAGUAUGCUUUCUUUUCAUACAUAGUAUACAAUAUAUUUAAAGGGUGGAUAAAAUGUUAGGAACUCCUCAGA